AAGCAACCAUAGAGUGCUUCCUGCCCGGCGCAGAGCGGCGGCCGGAAGGGGCCGCUCAUUGUUGGCGCUGGAGGACCCGCGAGGAGGCCGCGAGCGGUUCCCGGAGCCCCGCGGCGGCGGCGGCGGCGGCAAAAAUGCCCGACCGCGACAGCUACAACAACGGCAGCAGCGGCGAUGAGGUGGGAGCCAACGCCGACGACAUCUGCCGCGACUUCCUGCGCAACGUCUGCAAACGGGGGAAACGCUGCCGGUUCCGGCACCCCGACAUCAGCGAGGUCACCAACCUGGGCGUCCGCAAGAACGAGUUCAUCUUCUGCCACGACUUCCAGAACAAGGAGUGCGUCCGCCUCAACUGCCGCUUCAUCCACGGCACCAAGGAGGACGAGGACUGCUACAAGAAGACGGGGGAGCUGCCCCCGCGCCUGCGGCAGAAGGUGGCCGCCGGGCUGGGCCUUUCGCCCGCCGACUUGCCCAACAGCAAGGAGGAGGUGCCCAUCUGCAGGGACUUCUUGAAGGGCGACUGCCAGCGCGGCGCCAAGUGCAAGUUCCAGCACCUGCAGCGGGACUACGAGUACGAGGCGCGGGGCAUGGCGGCCCGCGAGCAGGGCAUCGUCCCCGCCGUCCGCCGCUACGACCCCUACGACGCCAUCUACGACCCCGACCGCUACGACGACCACGACCCCGUGCUGAAGCGGCGGCGGGUGGACGGGCUGCACUUCGAAACCUACGAGUACAGCUUUGCCAGCCCGCGGACGGUGGAGUACCGGCUGCUGGAGGAGGAGAACAUCAUGCUGCGCAAGCGCGUGGAGGAUCUCAAGAAGCAGGUGAACAACCUCCUGGCCACCAACGAGGUGCUGCUGGAGCAGAACGCCCAGUUCCGCAACCAGGCCAAGGUGAUGACGCUGAGCUCCACCGCCACCGCCACCGAGCAGACUCUGGCCCCCACCGUGGGCACCGUCACCAACUACAACCACAGCAUCGCCCAGACCCACACCACGCUCAGCAGCCAAGCCCUCCAGCCCCGGCCCGUUUCCCAACAGGAUUUGGUGGCUCCCGCCGGAGCCCAGGCGGCCCCCCCCGCCAACGCCGCUCCCCCCAUGAACCCCGAAAUCACCCCGCUCUCGGCUGCCCUGGCGCAGACCAUCGCGCAGGGCAUGGCCCCCCCGGUCUCGAUGGCGCCGGUGGCCGUCUCGGUGGCGCCGGUGGCCGUCUCGAUGGCGCAGCCGCUGGGGGGGAUCACCAUGAGCCACGCCACCACCCCCAUGGUGACGUACCCCAUCGCCUCCCAGAGCAUGAGGAUAACGGCCAUGCCCCACUGACCCCCCCCCGGCUGGGGGAGCUGGACUGUGACACAUUCCGCCCCCCCCCUCCUGCAAAACUGAGCCCCUGGGGGACGCGGGAGGAGGAGGAGGAGGAGGAAGGGCAGACCCUCCUCAGCGUGAGGAUGGGGGCAGCUCUUGUUUGGGGCAGGGGGGUGCGCUGACACCCCCUCCACCCCAGCAGGGGCUUUGCGCCUCAGUCUGCACCCUACGUGGGGUGAGGGGGGGGGUGUUGGUGAAACCUCCGGCAGGGGGGUGGUGGUUAGGGGCUGCUCCCCCCGUAUGGACACAGCCCCCAGCCCACCCACCGCAACCCCCCCCCCCCCGUGCCGGUG